UUUUUUUUUAAAUACAAUAAAAGAGCCACGCAAUGCACCAUGGAGUUGGCCCACCAAAUGUGCAGCGAAAUCUUCAGAGAUCCAAGUCCUUUACUGGAUCUGAGGCAGAAGACCCACAGCAGCCGCCAGCAAACGGCAAUCACCCCCAGUCUCCGGUGACAUCUUUUGCUCCAGCUGCGAGCCCCUCCGCACCACAGUCUCCUAAUUAUCAAAUCAUCAUGAGCCGGAGUCCAGUGACAGGCCAAAACAUGAACAUUACUUUACAAAAUGUUGGACCAAUGGUUUCAGGGAACCAGCAGAUCACCCUCACCUCUCUGCCACUCCAGAGCCCAACUUCACCUGGCUUUCAGCACCAGCCCCAGCAAUGGAGGUUCGAACCCGGGUCCUCAUCUUACAUCCAGGUGACAUCACCUUUGUCCCAGACCAUGCAACCUCAAAGUCCUACCCAACACAGUCCAGUCCCCAUACAAGCUCUGCCCAGGCCGGGUGCUCCUGGUUCUGCUUUGGGAGUGUGUAGUCAGAGCCCAACAAGGUUUGUUGAGGCCGGAAUAAUGGUUCGGCAAAUCAGCUUAGGCAGCCCACCUGGAAGUGGUCAUUUCGUGUACCAGGAAGGAACGGGAUUGGCUCAGCUUGCUUCAACCACAUCAGGAACUGUUCAGCUGACAUCUCCAGGGAUGCCAGGGGCAGUCAGAGAAAGACGCCUCUCCCAGCCUCACUCUCAAACUGGGGGAACCAUCCACCAUUUGGGGCCACAGAGCCCUGUUGCGGCAGGAGUCGCUCUCCCAAACUUAGGCAGCACUGGACACAUCACCACUUCUAAUCUGCCACCUCAGAUCAGUAGUAUCAUCCAAGGCCAGUUGGGACGACCAAUGAUUUUUGAGAAGACAACACAAGGUGUGGUGGCUGGUGUGGCAGUCACUUCGGCUGCCUCUUUCGGGGUUCCUUCGGCCAUCCCUCCCUCCAGCCCAUCCAGGAGCAACCCUCCCCAGGGCCUCUCCAACCAGUCCCUGACCCCCACCAGCAUGAAGAAGAUGCAGCCAAAGAAACUAGAAGAGAUUGCACCUUCAAACCCAGAAGUGGCACAGUUGAGGAAGCAGUGCCUGGAGCAUCACAGGAAAAAGAUGGAGUGUCUGAAGGAGGUGUUUAAGGAGUACCUGAUCGAGCUGUUUUUCCUGCAGCACCUGCAAGGGAAUAUGAUGGACUACCUUGCUUUCAAGAAAAAGCCUUGUGUGCCUCUCUUUACCUACCUGAGGCAAAACGAUCUUGAACUCGAAGAUGAAGAGGAUGAGGAAGAGCAGUCAGAGGUGAUAAAUGAUGAGGUGAAAGUAGUGACUGGAAAGGAUGGGCAGACAGUAACACCUGUUGCUAUAGCUACACAACUCCCACCCAACGUGUUUGCAGCGUUCUCCGCUCCGCAACAGUUCCAGGCCCAUGCAGGGGUUGCAGGUGGUAGCAUCUCUAACCCUGUGGACAUGGAGGCUUUCAAACGACAGCAAGCUAUUGCGCAAGCAGAUCAAGCUAAGAGGUCCCGGAUGGAAGUGGGUCGGCAUGGGAUGAUAUUCCAGCACCCUGCUGUUACUCCUUUAGGAUCUCCCGGCGUUCCCCUCCAGCAGCUCAUGCCAACAGUGCAAGGAGGUAUGCCCCCCACCCCACAAACAGUCCAGGUCGGUGGGCAGAAACAAAACCAGCAGCAGUACGACCCAUCAAAAGGUCCCCCCGUCCAGAAUGCCGCGAGCCUCCACACUCCACCCCCACAGCUUCCUGGCCGCCUUCCCCAGGGCGGACUCCCCAUGGCAGGGCUACCUCUCUCCCUGUCCCAGGGUCAGGCCUUGGUGGUGGAGCAGCACCAAGCCAUGUUGGCUCCAGUUAACUCGCAUGCACAGCUGCAGGCACAGCUUCAACAAAUGCAGUCAGGUCUCCACCUCCAGAUGCAGCAGCAACAACUGCAGCAGAUGCAGCAGUCAAUCAUGCAGCCUGGACAAGCAACUGUGGCACUUAUGCGUCCUGGAUCAGAUACCUCCCAGCCUGCCCAGCGUUUGAUGUCCAACUCUCUUUCCACCCCUGUCAUGUCCCCCUCCCCUCUUACAUCCUCAUCCUCUCUCCCUUCCUCACAUCCUUCUGCCCUGACCCGCACAACAACUACUGGCCCCAACCUCUCCACUGCCAACCAGUCCAAACUUGCUGCCACAAAUGGCAACGCAGGGCUUAAAAUAUCUGGGCUGGGUCAGAGUUCCAUCGGGCAGAACUCACAGGAACACACUCAGGAUAAGCAAGCAGAAGAAGCCAAGCUGGAGAGCCAUGUGCACCAGCGCAUCACAGAGCUCCGUAAAGAGGGCCAGUGGUCGGCCAGUCGUUUACCCAAACUGCAGGAGGCCUGCAGGCCCAAGUCCCACUGGGACUACCUGCUUGAGGAGAUGCAGUGGAUGGCUGCUGACUUUUCCCAGGAGAGGCGCUGGAAGAUGGCUGCUGCCAAGAAGCUUGUGCGCACAUGCGCACGUUACCAUGAUGAGCAGAAAAAGACAGAGGAGAGAGUGAAGAGGGAGGAGGAGAUGAGGUUGCGCCACAUUGCCAGCACCAUCGCCCGCAGUGUUGACUACUUCUGGUCCAAUAUUGAACAGGUUGUGGAGCUCAAACUGCAUUUCGAGAUCUAUGACAAACAACAAAAAGUUCUCAGCCUACAGAAGGCUGCAAGCAAAAAGCAAUGUGCUAAACCGGCUCAGUCAUCAGGAGAGAAAUCAGAUAAAGAGAAUAAAGUGGAGGCUGCCAAAUCCCGCAAGCGAAAGUCCAGCACCUCUCUAUCAGAUGUUGAGGCUGAAGAUGAGGAGAGUACAAUAGAGGAACAGGAGGCUAAUGAGGUUGCAGCUGAGCAGAAGGCUGAGCUAGCCGAACUGGCCAAAGAAGCUGAGGUGCCGUUGGAUGACCUGGUGAAGCAGUACGCCGGUGCUUAUGCUGAGGGUUUUGAGUGGCCGCAACCCUCCAGCCAGAGUGAGGACGAAGACAAAAUGGAAGCUGAUGAUAUGGAUUCUCCAUACAGUCCUCAUGAAGCAGUGCUGAUUGACUCUUUGCUGUGUAUGGAUCAGUACCGUGGCGCUGAGCGGAAGACUUAUGGUACUGAUGGGAAGCCCACAAAGGAUAUCGCCGAAGUUGCCGCAGCAACAGACCUUAUUUUGCCUAAAGGCAGCGCCAGGACUACUCUUACUAGUCGUUCACCACCACCUCCUCUGCUGCGCGGCUCCCUGAGAGAGUACCAGCAGGUCGGGGUGGAGUGGCUAGUAAGUCUCCAUCGCAAAAACCUUAACGGGAUCAUAGCAGAUGAAACUGGCCUUGGCAAAACUGUACAGACUGUGGCUUUCUUUGCUCACCUGGCCUGCAACCAAGGUAUUUGGGGGCCACACCUGGUGGUGGUGAGGACCUGUAAGCUGCUGAACUGGGAGAUGGAGUUCAAACGCUGGUGUCCUGGACUGAAGAUACUCCUGUACCUUGGCAACAGAAGGCAGCGCAGAUUUAAGAGAUUGAGGUGGUGUGAGCCCAACAGCCUCCACGUGUGUGUAACAUCAUACAAGCUCCUGCUGAAAGAUCAAGCUCACUUCCUGAGGAGACGCUGGAGGCACCUGGUGCUGGAUGAGGUUCAGCUCAUCAAGAACCUGACUGAGAAACACUGGGAGACCAUCUUCAACAUCAAGAAUCAACAAAGGAUUCUCUUAAUCAACAUGCCUCUGCAAAACACUCUGAAAGAGCUAUGGACCAUGAUCCACUUUCUCCUGCCUGGAAUCACUCACCCAUACCUCAACUUCCCUGUCAAACCUGGCACCGAUCAGAACCAGGACUACUGCCACAAACUGGUCAUCCGAUUGCACAGGAUGAUUCAGCCCUUCAUUCUGCGCCGUUCCAAGAGGGACGUAGAGAAGCAACUGCCUAAGAAGUACGAACACAUUCUGAAGUGCCGUCUGUCCAAGAGACAGAAAAGCAUGUACGAAGACAUCCUCAUCCAACCCAGUGCACAGGAGGCCCUAAAGACAGGACAUUUUGUGAGGGUCCUUGAUGUUCUUAUGCAGCUACAGAGGAUCUGCAACCAUCCAGACCUGAUCCAGGCCAGAGAAACACACAACUCAUAUGUAUGUCAGCCACUGCAGUACAACACCCCAUCCUUAGUUCUCACCGCUCUGCAGCAAGACCAGUGGAAGACUGUAAAUAUGUCUCUGUUUGACCUGAUCGGUAACGAGGGUAAACGGACUCGUCAUGAGGCAGAGGAAGUUCUGCCCAAACUUAGGAUGACCAAGCAGCUCAUUGAGGAAAUCUACAGUGCAUCCGACCCUCCACCCAGACCCAAACCCUGCAAGAUCAACCCUAUGAGGUUGUUCCUGCCAGUGCAGUAUGGAACAAAACCAGAGGGUCGCCUGGUCCCCAUGACCAGCAGCACCACUCAAGCCUUGCAUGCCACUGCUGUUACUACUGCCCCCACCACCACUACCACCCCUACUACUGUUGCCCCAAACGCACAGACGAGGGGUAAAUCACCCUUACCACCACCAACCACCACCACUUCUACACAGGCCACAACCACCAACAGCUCAUCUGGACCACUCCUAACAGGAGCCACCCCUAACCCCCCUUCUACCCCUCUGGCUUUGGGUGUGGCAGGGGUCACCACAAUACCCUCUAUGCCUGCUGUGGCCCCUCAGGCCCCUGCUGCCCUCUCCCUCCAGCACAGCUUGGUAGCCCAGAGGCUGGUACUCAGCUCCCAGGCCCAGGCACGAUUGCCUAGUGGAGAUGUAGUGAAAGUUGCCCAGUUGGUUGGGCAGGGCCGCAUUGCCCAGCCUGAAACCCCAGUCACCCUGCAGUUCCAGGGCAACAAGUUCACUCUGUCCCCAAGCCAACUCCGCCAGCUCACCACCGGCCAGCCCCUGCAGCUCCAAGGUACAUUCGGCAACAUUCUGCAGAUUGUAUCUGCUCCUGGACAGCCUCUUCUCAGGCCACAGGGACCGCCUAUGGUGAUGCCCACAGUGCCUCAGACUGUGCCUGUCCAAAACUCCACGGGAACUCCUCCCCAUGCCACCUUGACACCACCGCAAGCAACCACUGGGCUAAGUACCACAGUCACAACUCCAGCUACCACAGACUCUGUUCCAAAUGCCAAAGCCUCAACCAAUGCCACAUCACAACCAUCAAAUGAGGAGAGAAACAGGCAGCUAAAGGAGCGCCUGGCUUGUUUGUUUCGUGCGAACGAGCGACGGUCCUCGCACUCUGUGCUCUAUGGAUCUGACCUGGUGAAAGCCUGCUCCGUUUACGAGGGACGACCUCCGCCAUCCUUCCCAGCUCCCUGGCACUCCCGCUGGUCUUGGGUGGGUAGAGACAGCUGCCUGAGGGCUCAGCAGACUUGUGUGUCCACAGUGGCUCCUCUCCGCUCAGCAAUUCUCUCUAGCACCGUGCAGGAGAAAGCAGCAGGAACCCGGAGGAAGAGGUUCUCCUGUGUAUUUCCUGCUGCUGUGGCCCCUCCCCCUCAGCUGUAUGCGUUCAAUCCUCCACCAUCAUACAGCCUAGCACAAAAGGCUUUGAGGCGACAGCUGCAGGAAGUGUCUGCUCCCCACAAUGCAGAGAUACGGAGCUUGGCCUGUCCUGCCUUAGUCAGCUCUCCUGAUGUACAAAUACAGGAGAUGGAUUCAGGUAAACUGGAGGCCCUCUCCAUCCUGCUGCAGAAGCUGAGAGCCGAGAAUAGGCGUGUGCUGAUCUUCACUCAGAUGACCAGCAUGCUGGACUUACUGGAGGCCUUCUUAGACCACCAUCAUCUCACCUACGUACGGCUAGAUGAAAGCCUGUCACUGGAGGAGAGACAGGAGCAGGUCAAGAAAUUUAACCGUAACAGACAGGUCUUCUGCACCAUCCUGACCAAUCGCUGCUGCUCAGCUGUGGGUCAUGUGUUCGACGCAGACACCAUUGUGUUCUAUGACACAGAUUUGAACCCCAGCAUGGACAUGCGCACACAGGAGUGGUGUGAGAAGAUUGGCCGUUCCAAAGACAUCCACAUAUACAGGUUGGAGAGCGGGAACUCCAUCGAGGAGAAGCUCUUGAAGAAUGGCACUAAGGACCUUAUACGAGAAGUGGCUGCUCAGGGCAUGGACUACACUCUGGCUUUUUUAACCCAGCGCACCAUUCAGGAUCUGUUUGAGGUGGAGGCCGGCUCUGGAGAGAAAGUGGAAGAGUUUGUAGUUCUCCAUCAGGAGCCCUUCCCAUCUGAGUCCAUCCCCCCUCAUGUGGCCAGACCCUACAUCCAAGCCCUCAACAGCAUCCGACUAGAGACCGAGGAGGAGGAGACGAAGGUAGAGAGAGAGGAUAAAGGAAGUGAAGAGGUGGAGGGAGGAGAUGAUGAGAUGGCGGUAGAGGAAGGAGUGAGAGGGGAUGCAUCCCAGUUAGAGGAGCUGGCAGCAGUUAUGGAGCAGCUGACUCCUAUUGAAAGAUAUGCUCUACACUAUCUGGAGUACCUACACAUCAGUGAUGAUGAACAGGCAGUGAAGGAGCGUAUAGAGGCGGCUAAGAGAGGCUGGGAGCUGCAGCAUCUGCAGAGACUGAAGGUGGAGAAAGACAAGCAGAUGAUGCUGGAAGAUGAGGAGGAUUUGUUCACUUACACCAGGGAGGAUGCAUACAACAUGGAGUAUGUAUUUGAGAAUGAGGAUGGCCAAACAGAGAUUAUGCCACUGUGGACUCCUCUAACCCCUCCCCAGGAUGACAAUGAUAUUUACAUUGACUCUGUCAUCUGCCUCAUGUAUGACUCUGCGCCAAUGCCAGAGUCUAAACUGCCUCCCGUCUAUGUCCGCAAAGAGCGUAAGAGACACAUGGACCCAUCAGCAGUGGGGCGUAAGAAAAAGAAGGGGCAGGGUGAAGCAGUGAUUCCUCCACGUUCUCUCUUUGAUAAGGCCAGUCUGCUCAAGGUGAGACGAGAGGGUAAAGACCAAAAAAAGAACUUCUCUCUGAAACAACAGGCUCCCUUUGCCAAACCACUGCCCUCACUGCUCAAACCAGCCAUGGAUGCUGGACCGGACAACCCUGAGUGGCUCAUUAGUGAGGACUGGGCUUUGCUUCAGGCUGUGAAGCAGUUACUGGAGCUUCCUCUGAACCUGACCAUCGUGUCUCCGGCCCACACCCCUAACUGGGACUUGGUGAGUGACGUGGUGAACUCCUGCAGCAGGAUCUACCGCUCGCCCAAACAGUGCCGCAACCGCUAUGAGAAUGUCAUCAUCCCUAGAGAAGAGGGCAAGCUAAUAUAUGAAGCUAACCCUAAAAAGAACAAGACCAAGAGCAUUUAUAAGUCCAAAAACAGUCGACCUCUGCGCACGUCUCAGAUCUAUUCACAAGACGACAAUACCACCCAGAUCCAACUGUACAACAGUCGCUUUGAGCUGAUUAAAAUCAUCGCUAGCAAGAGGAGCCCACCCAUUAAACCACUACUGGGCAUGAAUCCAUUCCAGAAGAACCCCAAGCAUGCAUCUGUGCUGGCUGAGAGUGGAAUAAGCUACGACAAGCCUCUGCCUCCUAUUCAGGUUGCCUCACAGAGAGCUGAGAGAAUCGCUAAAGAGAAAAAGGCACUAGCUGAACAGCAGAGGGCUCAGCAGCUAGCCCAGCAGCAGUCCACAGGAGCCGCCCAGCCUCAAGGGACAGCGACACAGCCUCAAGCCCAGCCGCAGGCCAAUGGAGUCCCCCAGCCCAACCAACCUGGAGCAGCUGCAGUCCCCAAUACAGCUGUACUGGCUGGAGCUAUCAAAACGGCUGCAGUGGGAACAAGCAUCCAGCCAGCAACAGCUACAGUGAGCGGGAAUGUGAUCGUGAACACUGUGGCUGGAGUUACACCUGGUCAGUUCCAAGCAAACAAACGUCUGGCCUCUCCAGUCAUUCCUGCGGCAGGAACGGCCACAGCUCAAGUGGUUCACAACCAGCAGAGAGCCGUUCCUGCCACAGGUGCACCAGCAGAGGUUGUUGCCAUAGCGACUGGUCAGGGCGUCAGAGCCGUUACUCCAGUGACCGCAUCAGCUGUGGUGUCCACCAAUCUGACUCUUGGUCAGUCCCAAACACGCACGCUGGUGGCUCCAGCUGCAGGUAUGCAGUUGCCUCAGGGUAAGCAAAUCACACAAGCCCAACUCCAACUGCUCAGACAGCAACAGAUACAGCAGCAGCAACAGGCUGCUUCUCCGCAGAUCAAAGCAGUAGGAAAGCCACAGCAGGAGUUGUUGAAGAAACAGAAGCUGCAGAUGGCACAGCAGCAGGUUGUGGCGGCGGUAGCUGCAGCUCAGGGCCAGCAGGCUGCAUCCACCCAGCAGCCGCAGCAGGUGCAGGCUGUUCCUUCGACUCAGGCCAACGCUCAGCUAGCUGCUGUUGCUGCACCCAGAGCAGGAGCUGUACUCACUGGAGCUACUGUCACCAACUUACAGGUGGCUAGACUGACACGUGUCCCAGCCCCGGGAACCAUCCAAGCUCAGCCAGGUCAAACUGCCCAGGUGACUCUGACCAAACCCCCUCCUGUAGUCUCAGUCCCUGCCGUGGUCUCCUCCGCUGGGGUCACAACCCUACCUGUCACUGUGGCCGGCAUCAGUGUUGCAAUCGGACAGGCGCAGAAAGCAGGUGGUCAGGUGGUAACCCACCCUUUCCAGGUUCAGCAGCUGUUGCACAGACACAAGCAGCAGGCGGCAGCUCAGGCAGCUGCAGUCCAAAAGGCAGUACAGCCUCCACAAACGCAAGCUGCUGUGCAGCAAAAGCAGGCCGCUCAGACCGCAGCUCAACAGCAGCAAAAAGUGACGUAUGCGGCCACCACUCAGCUGCAGCCAGGCAUCAAGACACAGUUCUUCACCACCUCCAUCGCACAGCCUCAGAAACCUGCGACGGCACAGCAGAUUCAGGUUGCUAAGCUUCCUCAAAUAGUACAGCAGCAGAUAGUGUCCUCUCCUCAGCAGAUCCAGGCGCAGCCUCAGACGGUGGCCCUAACCCAGGCAACACCUGUGGCUGGUUCGGCUCAGGUGCAGGUUAUUCCCGCGGGCACUGCAACGGCCACCCAGAUGGUCCAACAGAAACUCCUCCAGCAGCAGGUUGUCACAACAGCAGCAGCAGCCUCCCCACAAAUCCAGACUCCGCCCCCACACAGCCCCGCUCAGCAGCAGAGCUCUGCAGCGGCUCCUCCUGCUGAGUCUCCAGUGCAGCUGGCCUCCACCCCUCAGCCCCAGCCGGGCAAAGGAAACACCCGCACUGGGGGCGCCAUGCGCUCUAAAACUCCCGCCAAACCCAGCAGUGGCAGCUAGAGAGGCUUAAGGAGUCAGAAGUGCCUGGGCACAAAAUAGGGCUAGCUAUUAUUUGUUUUGGGAAGACUGAUGGUGACCCUUUAUUAUAGAGGAACACACCUAAAACUUUCUGGAUGGAGGGAAAGUGUCUUUUUUAUUUUUCUCAAGAGAGAAAGUGUAUACUUUUGAGUCUAUAUGAGUGUUUUCUGUCCAGGAGCCAAGCAUGACAAGAGUGCAGACUGAGGCUUUGGUAGAGACAGUGUCUAUAUGAUGGCUUAUUUUGUAAUUAUCUCUGUACUGAGCUGUAUAUUGCUUGCUGUUCUUUUUCUACCAUGCAUUGUACUUUGUUUAUACAUUUGUCAAAGUGUCAUCACACUCUUUAAGGUCAUGGAUGAAGUGCAUAUGGAUUGUAUCACCCAUCGACUUUCUGCAACACUUCAUUUGGUGUGUCGGGAACAUUUGAUGUUUCUGGCAGAUCAUCUCAAUGUUAUUCAUUAUGCUCAAUCAGUCAUACUAUAUGUGUGUCCCCUACUGUGCUUUCACAUUUAUUUUCCCUUUUGUUGUUUGUGUAGGUAAAUGUUCCUUUUGAAACAUUUAUUGAUGAUCAUGGUAAAGGAUAGCUGAAGCUUGAAGACAUCCUUUAUGGAUGUGGAGAUGGGAAACUACAGUUAGUUUGAUAGAACUACUGAAAGACAAUUUCAUCACAGUUUGCAUCACUCAUCACAAAGUGUCAGCACCCAGACUACGAAUUGUAUUUCCCUAUAUAAGAGUUGACUAUAUACAUUAGCUUGUAUCAUGUGCAGAGGAAAUGGUCAACAUCCCUCCAAAAAAUAAAAUAUGGUGUGCUUAAAAGGAAUGCCACCAUGCAUUUUAAGUUAAAAAAUGAAUAAUUUGAGUUUGAUACAUGGAAAAUGUCUUGUGAUUUUGUAGUUGUACAUUAAAUGUUUGUGGUAUGUGAUACAACACUUUAUAAUGUUAUUUAAUGUGACCACAAAUAGAUAGAAAAAUAAUCCUACACUGUAGCCAUUUCAUGCCAGCUAUGGAAAGUAUUGGUCUUCCAAAUUCAGUUUGAAAACACAUCUUUGAUAUAUUUCCUUUUUUGCCCCUCUAUAUAUGCAUAUGAACAAUAUGACCAUUAUUCAACUGAGUGAGACCUUGGUGUGUUUACGUUGGCCUGUAAUGGUUAAUGAAUGGAUUUAGAUCAAGACUCUUUUAUCCCACUUAAAAUGUUGUCAAUGUAUCAGAUACACCGUCUUAUGUACUGAAAUAGCUAUAAUGUCAGGGCUUUUGUUUAUAAAUGUCUAUUUGUAUUGAUGUUAAUGGGUCAGCAACACAUGUAAAUAAUUGGGGGGGGGGACAACAUUUGUAUUUGUAAAGUAGUUGUUUAUUCACUGAAUUUUUUCAGCUUAAUUGUAUAAAGUGUU